AUGUCUUCCAGUAGUUCUACUUCACCUUCACGCGAGUCUCCGCCGCCGCUCUCUAGCACCGUGCCAUCUUCUCCCCUAGCUGUGGAGAGUGAUGUGGACUCCGACGACGAGGAAGAGUCAAAGUCUGUGGCGCCCAUAGAUCAAAUAGACGAGAAAGAACGACUACGGCGGUUACACUUCUUGCUUGAAAAAUCGGAACUAUAUUCGAAGGUGCUCGGCGAGACAAUCAACGCGUCAAAGACCGUUCUUCAGUCAGAAGAGCCUCCUAAACCACCGCCAAAGCCGCGCGGGCGCAAGUCUACUGGGCGCAAGGGGAAAGCACGCGCAGGAACCAAGCGGGCUCGCGUAGAAGACGAGGAUGAAGACGACGCGGCUGAGACCGCACGAGAGGCCAAGCGCGCUAAGAGCGAUGACUCUGCAGCGUUCAAACAGCCUGGACUGUUGAGUGGCGCAACCCUGAAGGACUAUCAGCUCGAAGGCGUUCAGUGGAUGAUUGGUCUCUAUGAGGCUGGCGUAUCCGGUAUCCUCGCCGACGAGAUGGGCCUCGGAAAGACUAUCCAGACGAUCGCGUUCGUGUCCUACCUGCGAUGCAAGGCUGCUGCUCCGUUCCUCAUUGUCUGCCCGUUGAGCGUCCUACACAACUGGCAGGUGGAGUUCGAGAAGUUCGCGCCUAAGAUACCAACAUGCGUAUACCACGGCACUCCGCCGGAGCGUAAAGCCAUGCAGGAGGACUUGCUCGAAGUUCCCGCCGGUAUGAAUUACGAGUCUGAGGAUGGUCCCGAUAAGACGGGCCAGAUAUCAACGUUCCCUGUUGUUCUUACCACGUACGAGAUGGUAAUCAAGGAUAGAGCGUUUCUGUCCAGGCAUAAGUGGGGCUAUGUUGUCGUAGACGAAGGUCAUCGGCUGAAGAACAUGGACUCCAUGCUCAUGCGCGAGAUCAAGAAGUACGAGAGUGCCUCACGCUUGAUCUUGACCGGGACGCCGCUUCAGAAUAACCUCUCUGAGCUAUGGUCGCUGCUCAACUUCAUUCUUCCUGACAUCUUCGAUGACAUUAGCGCGUUCCAAGACUGGUUCAAUCUUCCGACGCUGAAAGAGUCACUCUCGAGCGAGAGCAGCUCCCACCUCAUUCACACCCUUCAUUCCAUCCUCAAACCGUUCCUACUUCGACGCCUCAAGGUCGACGUAAUGAGCUCCUUGCCUCCCAAAAAGGAAUAUGUGCUCUACGCCCCGCUGAGUCAGCAGCAGCGCGAGCUCUACGACGCGAUCGUCAAGGGCAGCAUCCGGGGGUAUCUUACUGGCAAACGUCCCGCGGCAGAGGCCGAGGCGCCGGCAUCAGAGGAGAAGACCCCACGCAAGGCAAGAUCGAAGAGAAGGACUUUGGUCGACUAUAACGUCGAUGGAAGCGACCGGGAGUACUUCGAGAAGCUGGAGCGUGGCGAGAUCAAGAGCGUCCAAGAGCAAUGGGCGGAGCAGGAGCAUGCACAUAAGACGCUUGAGCAGUUGGGCGCCGAACACGCGCACAAGGCGAAGCUCAAGAAGAUCAACAACCUACAUCUCCAGAACGCAGUUAUGCAGCUGCGUAAAGUCUGCAGUCAUCCCUUCCUCUUCGACUGGCCCGUCGACACGAAGACGAUGCAACCCGUUUUGAACGACGAGCUCGUCAACGCAAGCGGCAAGAUGAUGGUCUUGGAGCGACUUCUCGACGAGCUCUUUGCGCGGAAGCAUAAGGUUCUCGUCUUUAGCCAGUUUAAGACCAUGUUAGACGUCAUCGAGGACUGGGCUACCGAGUUCAAGCAAUGGCCAAUCUGCCGUAUCGACGGUUCAACCUCCGCACUCGACAGGCGCAAGGAGAUGGAGCGCUUCCAAACAGGGGGCGACGAUCCAGAUGCGCCACGCCUCUUCCUCCUCAGCACACGUUCCGGCGGUCUCGGUAUCAAUCUCACAGCCGCAGACACCGUCGUCUUCUACGACCAGGACUGGAACCCGCAAAUGGACUUGCAGGCUCAGGAUCGCGCUCACCGUAUCGGUCAGACGAAACCCGUUCUUGUCUUCCGACUGGUGACGAAGCAUACGAUCGAGUCGAAGAUCAUGCAGCGUGCAGGCCAGAAGCGGCAACUUGAAGCGCUCGUCAUCGCGAAAGGCAAGUUCAAGAUGCCUCUCAAAUCAGACGGCAAGCGCGAAUCAAUGGCUGAGCUAGCCGGCUCUCUUCUCGAGCUCGAGGGCGAGAAGAUCGAAGUCGUGCCGGGUACACAGGCCGGGCGCAAGGGCGUGCUCAGCGACUCAGCGCUGUACGCGCUCCUCGACCGUAGCCCAGAUGUCUUCUCUCGUAGAGGUGCCGGCUGGCGCGAAACGGAUCUGAAGAAGGGCCCGCGCAAAGCUCGGACUGUGCGCGAGGGAACAGAGGAGGCUGGCGCGUUCGAGGUGUACGAGGCUCCGGUCGACGAGGGCAACGAUGCGCUCGGACGGAUGAUGGGUGAAGAGGAGGCAGAGUAG